AUGGGUGCGAAGCUUGAUCCGAAAUUGAAUCGCAACAUGCAUAAGGUCUUAAGAUCACUAGCAAAGAAACACAAAUUGAGCGACCAAAAGAGGGAAAACCGCUCUAUGACCAUUGACGACCUCAAAGCGCAGAUUGAGACGACACUGAGCACGACAAGGAAGUCGUUUGACCUCGGGGAGCUCCGGAUUCUUACCGUUUUAUAUCUUCUCUUCCUGGCACCUGCCGGCUCGCGCCCGCAAUCCAUCUUGCGGCUCCGAUUUGGAGACAUCCGGGUUGUAUUAGCGAGAGACCCCGACGGCGGGCCACACAAGCUUUUGAUCAAGUUUACUCUCGAGUUUACUAAGACGUACCUUGGGACAAAAGAUGCUAAGACCUUCACGAUCCCUGAAACCAUGUUUGAUCCAUUUUUGCUUCUUAGCCCUCAUGUCUUCCUCCUUGGCAUCUUGUUCCAACAUCAAGCUUUCCGGGCUCCUAGCCUUGUCUCUCUUUGCCAUCUAGACGAUCUUGAUAUCCACCCCGGCAAGAAUGAGUUGCCUUUGCCACUCAGAGACGACCUCAAAGGCGUAUGCAUAUUCCGCCGAGCCAUUACAACCUCUAUCGGGCUGCAGAUAUCACCGGCAGAACCCAUCACCUAUGGCAUGAUGUCGGGAUGGAUUAAAAGGAUUGGAGAGAUUCUAGGCCUUCAAUACCCAACCAUCGCAUAUUCAUUGCGCUAUAAUGCAGGCAAUGAAUUGGACCAGAGCCCGGACGUUAGUGAAGCACUCCGUAACCUGGCGCUAGACCACGCCAACUCGAUCCCUUUCCAAAAGCAUUACCUCGGUCGCGCUGUUUGCGCAGACCUAUGGGGAAUCCUUCGCGGCCAGAAGCCGCAACAAGCACUAUUGAAACAAUCUUGCAGUAUCGGUCAUUCGAUGAGCAAGCGGCAUCCAGCAGAUCUUACUCCUGAGCAAGCGGCGUCCGUUAAUACAGAUCCCAACGUGAGGCGGCUUACAAGACAACUUAAGAACCUACAACUAGGGACGAAACAGCAGAUCGACGCGCAAUGGGAACUUCGAAAUCUAAAGCAGAGGCUGAAGAGGUUGCUCCUCCAAAAGAUCCAAGAAGACUGGACAGACGAGCAGGCUAUAGAUGACAUCGAACACCAAUUGCAGGGCGUCGCAUUCACCAAGCCCGUACCGGUGGACAUAACCCAUUGUCCGCAACUUCCAGCGCAGAAACAACUAGUCACGGCCCUGACUGCGCCUGUCGACCCUACUCUCAAAGGCCAAUAUUGA